AUGGCUUUAAUAAGAGGCCUUUUGGAAGAUGACAACAGUCAAGAACUUUGUUUACAAGAGGCAUCCUUGUUUCACAUGCCUUAUGAAAUGAGGAAGCUAUUCACUACACUGCUGGGCCUAUAUUACGCAAAUGUAGAAAGUCAAACAAGAGAGUUAACAGCUGACAGAAAUAUAGUCAUUUCAGAAACUGAUUUAAAUGCUAUACAUUUAUUGAAUGAAAAACAAAAGCAAGCAUUUAAAAUCAUUACAGAGAGGAUAUAUUCAAAUUCUAGCGGUGCUAGAGACACUGGUAAAACAUUCUUAUAUAGAGCACUAUUAGCUGUUGUGAGAUCAAAAAGGCACAUUGCACUUGCAACAGUAACAUUAGGAAUUGCAGCAUCUAUAUUACCAGGUGAUAGAACUGCUCACUUGAGAUUUAAAAUACCAAUAGACAUUCUGGAAGGAGCAAUAUGUCAAAUGAGGAAACAGAGUUCUUUAGCAAUUUUAAUUAAAGAAGCAAAACUAAUCAUUUGGGAUGAAACUCCAAUGUUUAAAAGAUCAGCAAUUGAAGCUUUAGAUGAUUUGUUAAAAGAUUUAAUGAAUACAAAAGUAAUUUUUUGUGGAAAAGUUAUUGUAUUUGAUGGAGAUUUUAGGCAGACAUUACCUGAGAUGACUAAAUCUGAUCCACUUGAACAACUCAUAAAAGUUGUUUAUCCUGAGUUUAAAGAUGGCUUAGGCAAUUUGGCUUCUUUAAAUAACAAGGCAAUUUUAACGACUAAAAAUUACUUUGUUGAUGAAAUAAAUGAUGCUUUAAUAAUCAAAUUUCUUGGAGAAGUUACAGCAUAUUUGAGUUAUGAUGAAACUUUCAAUCCAAAUGAUCAAGGCCAGUAUGUAGAUUUUUUGAACACUCUUACACCAAAUGGUCUUUCAACGUAUAGGAUGUUAUUGAAACUUGAUGCACCUAUAAUUUUGCUUAGAAAUCUUGAUCCAACUGAGGGCUAUGUAAUGGAACAAGAUUAA